GGGAGGGGGAGGCUAAAACUUCCUGUCCCGCGCUCGAACAGCUUCCGGCGGGAGCCGGAAGCCCUGCUUCUGGACAGACUCAGGGACCGGGGACAGCUGGCCGCUCAGGACGGGAAGGUUAAAUUGAUUAACUGCCCAAAACAAUUUAACUACAAGAAGUUCAUUGUGCUCUGUUGGGAAAUAUGAGAAUAACAGGAGGUGGUCAUUGACUCCAAGUUAAGCUUUGUAACUCCCCUUAACGGUUACAGGAUUUGGAAGCUGAAUCAAUGUUAUCGGAUGAGUUAGAGUCCAAACCAGAGCUGCUGGUCCAGUUUGUUCAGAACACAUCCAUACCAUUGGGACAGGGUCUGGUGGAAUCUGAAGCUAAAGAUAUCACUUGUCUGUCCCUGCUGCCUGUUACUGAGACCUCAGAAUGCAGCCGGCUCGUGUUACCAGAUGAUACUCCAAAUCCUGCCAACUCCUGUAAGGAGGUACCUUCCUCUGCUGUGUUGAGAAGCCUUCAAGUGAACCUGGGCCCUGACGGAGAGGAAACAAGGGCACACACUGUACAGAAGUCCCCUGAGCUUCUGUCAACUCCAGAGUCUCCUAGUUUGUUGCAAGAUCUUCAACCAAGUGACAGUACUUCUUUUAUCCUUCUUAACCUAACAAGAGCAGGCCUGGGCUCCUCAGCUGAGCACUUAGUAUUUGUUCAGGAUGAAGCAGAGGAUUCUGGGAAUGACUUUCUCUCCAGUGAUAGUGCUGACAGCAGCAUGCCAUGGUUCAUCCGGGUUCAAGAGUUGGCCCAUGACAGUCUGAUUGCUGCUACUCGUGCACAGCUGGCAAAAAGUGCCAAAGCCAGUAGCAAUGGGGAAAAUGUUCACCUUGGUCCAGGUGAUGGGCAGCCUAAAGACUCUGGGUCCCUUCCUCACCUUCCUCAAGAGGAAAAGAGGCUCCAGUGUACAGUUGAGGGCUGUGAUCGGACAUUUGUGUGGCCAGCGCAUUUUAAGUACCACCUAAAAACACAUAGGAAUGACCGUUCUUUUAUUUGUCCUGCUGAAGGCUGUGGGAAAAGCUUUUAUGUGCUUCAGAGACUGAAAGUGCACAUGAGAACUCAUAAUGGAGAGAAACCCUUUGUGUGUCCUGAGCUGGGAUGUGGCAAGCAGUUCACCACCGCUGGGAAUCUGAAGAACCACCUUCGAAUCCACACAGGUGAGAAGCCAUUCCUGUGUGAGGCUGAAGGCUGUGGCCGUUCCUUUGCUGAGUACUCCAGCCUUCGGAAGCAUCUCUUGGUUCACUCAGGCAUGAAGCCCCAUCAGUGCCAAGUGUGUGGGAAAACCUUCUCUCAGAGUGGGAGUCGGAAUGUUCAUGUGAGGAAACAUCACUCAAGGAUGGGAGCAACAGGGAAUCGAGUUCGAGAGCAAACAGCUGAGCCGCUAAUGGGUAGCAGUUUGCUUGAGGAAGCUUCAGUACAUAGUAAAAAUCUAGUGUCUUUAAACUCACAGCCCAGCCUUGGGGUCGAGUCCUUGCACCUACCAGAUACUAACACCAUCCUGGGAGUAGAGGAAGAGGUGCUUGCAGAAGGAGCUUCACGUUCCUUGUCUUCAGCACCAGAAGUGGUUCUGCCACAGUCCCAUCACCUGGUGCCCAUGUCUACUGGGAGACAGUCAUAUGAGGUUUCUGCCUUAUUACAGUAAAUCUGCAGGAGUUACUAAAGCAAGGUGGUAUAUAACAAAAAUGGACAUCAGAGUGAGUGUUGAUUCUUGGAAGAACUGGCUAUAUGCUUGAAUCCCAAGUGCACACAUUGGGGUACAGGAUGCUUUUAGCUUAUGGUCUGACAAAAUGAAACUGAUGCAGGCUAUGACUCUGGCCCUCAUUCAUCUUCCCCUUGCACACAGAAUGAAUGUGGGAGUAAUCAUUGCUUUGGGGCCUCUUCACACUUAGCAUCUGAUGCAGAGGAGGAAUAAAGCACUGAAUGUGAACUGGGAAACUGUCUCUUCCUCCCAUUGCAUUUUGGGGUUGACUUCUCCUGAAGGUGAAUUUGACUUAGAAGAAUCAGCUAAUGUGGGAUGUUACUGUUGAUUGGAGGAAGACUUUUUUUCAUCCUGCCUCAGCUGUCUUUUCACAUGGAUGAAUACACUUCUGCCUAUGAGACGACAAAACUUCUCCAGGAAGCUGAGAUUUCAAGAUGCCUUGUUGCUUUGGGGGAGGGGGUGUUCAAUUCUAAGUGACCUUCUUCCUUUUGGUCAUUUAGCAGGAGUUUUCCCCCUACUGGGCUGCAAAUAUAAAAUUUACUUGAAUCCCCCUUGGCCCUAGGGCUGAGAUGCCAUCUUCUCCUACCCACUUCCACUUGGUCACUUUGCCCCAUAUUGUUUUCUUAGUUUCUAAAACUUAUGGUAGCAUGUUAAAAAAGAUUUUUAAUUUAAAAAUCAGAUGAUGAGCUUCAUUUGUUUUAUCUUUAAAUAAACAAACCAACAGCCUAGUUCUUUCUUGUCUCCUUGUUUGGGAUGAUACUUAUCUUCCUUAGCAUGGGAAUAAAUGCCAUAAUCUAACCUCUUUCCUUUUGGAAGGGCACACACUUAAUUUAUCCUCAAGACACUAUACAACCAAGUCAAAUUGUACGCUGUGAGCAAUGAGACUUGUUUGUGAGGUCUUCAUCUUAUUUUUCUCAUCUGUAAAACAAGGAAACUGGACAAGAUAACCUAAGAAUCUCUUAACUUAGGUCAUGGAAGGAGAGUUGGAGGGGACCUUCAAGGCAGUCUAGUUCAACUCUCUCUCAUUUUACAGCGGGGGAAAUGGGCCCAAAGAUGGAAGAUGACUUGCCAUAGUUUACCCAGGUAGUAAGUAGCAGAGCCAGAAUUCGAACCCACAUACUCUGACUCCAGUUCCAACCCUUUUUCUGCUACAUCACUCUGCUUCCCCUGGAAGAUAUAGGGAAAGAGGUUUGGAAUGAUUAUGUACACUGUUGAUUUAGGGAAUUUCUGAAUUCCUUCAGAUGGCUCCUAAAAAAUCAACCAUAGUAUAUUCCUAUUCUCCCUCCUCAAUAGCAUGGAACUGAAUACCACAUCUCCCUAGUGCCUGCAAGGGGAUAUGGGUGGAAAUGAAGUACUUUCCUGUUGUCUUGGGCAAAAAACUAUGGAUAUUUCUGAUAUUCUAGCUCCCCCAAAAGGGAGGGGACUUGUGAGUUGUGGAUAUUAAGACCCAGCUCUGUGCCAGGUAUCUACUCAAAGAUAGUUCUCCAACCUCUUUCCCCCCAUUCUCCUUUUCCCAAUUCCCUUGGUAAAUAUGAUUAGUCCAACUUCUCUUCAGGUGAUUACUGUAUAUUUUUAGCUAUAAGCUCUCAGCAGCUUGCCUAUAGGAGGUCUCUCUACAUGGAUGUCCCAUUGGUACCUCAAACUCAACAUGUUGAAAAACUGAUAUUGUCUUUGUCCUAAACCAGCUGAUUUCAUCAUUUCUAUCUGGGACACCACUGUUUAACUCAUUCUCCUUUGGUCAGAAUCUUGGUGUUAUCUUUUACUGUUCCUUUCCCUCACCUUUCAUGUACAAACAAUAACCAAGUCCUGGCAAUUCCAUGUCUGCAACACCUCUGCUAACCUGUCCUCCACUUUGUUUCCACUGCCACUAUUCUAAGUAGAGGUCUUCAUUAUGACCUUCUUAGAGUAUUUAGAUAGACCUAUGAGGUCUUCCCACAAAGCUAAUCUCUUUCCUUAAAUCCAUUUUUAAAAUUCUAUUGCUAGCCUUAGUUUCCUACUGUCCCUACUGUAUUAACUAGCUUUUAUAUAAGCCUGGCAUUCAAGGGCCUCAAAUCUGAAAUACAUUUCCAGCAUUAUUGCAUAUUACUUCCUCUUCAUACUCUGUUUCAGCCCACCUAGAAGAGUUGUUAUUCUUUGGACAUACAUUGUCCUUUCCUACCUUUUGGGUUCAUUCUAGUUCUCAUGUUUGGAAUGUCCUUCCCGCCCUCUUUCUGAAAUCCUACUUGUUCUUUGAAGACCAGUUAAAUUGUCGCUUCCAUGAAGUCUUUCCAAAUGUUUCCUAUCAGCAGCUCAUUUCUCCAUCAGACCUGCUAAACUCCCCAAAAGUCUGGAUUUUUCCCAGGCCUAGUCUUUCUCCUAACAAGCUGUCCAUGUCCAAACCACACCUGCUUUUCCUACUUGGCACUCCUUCCUGUUCCCUACUGUCCUGUUCAAAAGGAGGAGGAUGUGAGAGAAAACCAGUUUAGAAAUUCCAGGAAUCCUGAUCACUGUAACUCUUAUGAUAUAUGCUUAUGGAAUAGUUUCUCAUACUAACCUUGGGAAGGAGAUAGUACAACAAACAUGUUAUAGAUGAGGAAACAGAAUUGAUGUGAGUUGUCCAGGACAACUCACGCUGUCUGACUCCAAAACUUAAUUCUCUUCGUUGACCUUCUUGCUGGUGGUUAUUGGUUAUAACCAUAAGAAUGUCUAGAUGGUACUAUCAGAAGCAGUUUAUGGUAGUGUUGUACGUCACUCCCUAAACUUUUAUUUCUCCAAAUGAUAGUUCAGGGUAUAUCUUUUAGAGUAACCAACAUUUUUUUUUUCCUGGAAGUGGGGCAUUACUAACUAUUGUGAUUUUAAUUAUUGUCAAAAUAACCUUUCAAAAGCAAAAAUGUUUCUGCUUUAUAUCGCAGAAACUGGCUUUUGCAUAUUUAAGAUUUGGUGAUAUAUACAAAUUAUAGGUAAGGUAUGUGAAAAUAAACAGUUUAUAAUUGUUGUUUCUGCCUCAAACUUAUUAGUGAGGAAAGUACCAUCUCUCUAAAUGUAUCAAGAAAUACUCUUCCAGAAUAUUUAUUAGGUGCCUGCUAUGUGAGAGGUACUCUACUAGGGGAUAAAGGAAUAGCUGUUAUCCAUAAGAAACUUAAUAGUUCAUUAAUAUGCAAUAUCAUUCUCUUGUCAGCCGUAGAUGCCUAUUUCUCUUGUGCUGUUAAGAGUCCAUUCCAUUGGGUUUGGGGAGGUCAUAAUUUUAGGUUCAGUACUGUCUUGAAACAGAUCUAACCUGUGCCAUUCCUAAUGUUUGCUCUCUUCUGUUAUAUUUGCAAACCCUUUAGGCUGAUGAAGUUUGAAAUUGUGUCCUUCCCACUUUCAUAGGAAUGAAUACCUCUUUGAUCUGUUUUAAAUUACCUACUUUCCUAUUCAUAGGAGCCCUCAGGGUUUUUUUGUUUGUUUUGGUGAGGCAGUUGGGGUUAAGUGACUUGCUCAGGGUCACACAGCUAGUAAGUGUUAAGUGUCUGAGGCUGAGUUUGAAUUCAGGUCCUCCUGAAUCCAGGGCUGGUGCUCUAUCCACUGUGCCACCUAGCUGCCCUGAGACCUCGAUUUUUAAUUUAUCCAUCCACACUACUUAACCUGCUGCCUCAACUUUUCUCAUAAAGUGCUUACACAUGCUUUUUUUCCCCCAUUUCCCAUUUGUUAAGUAUCUGUUAUGUGCAACACAUUAGGCAACUGCAAAGAUAAGCAAGACAGUUUGUUUCUUUGAGCUUACAAUCAAGUUGGAGACCUACUACAUUAUUUUAUUUUUUUUUUUUUUGCAGGGCAAUGGGGGUUAAGUGACUUGCCCAGGGUCACACAGCUAGUAAGUGUCAAAUGUCUGAGGCCGGAUUUGAACUCAGGUACUCCUGAAUCCAGGGCCGGUGCUUUAUCCACUGCGCCACCUAGCCGCCCUACAUUAAUUUUUAAUUACUUGUUUAAGUGUGUAAAAGGCACAAAGUACACUAAACAUUUUGAGGAGGAGAGAUCACUUCUACCUGGGAAGAGAAAGUAACAUUCAGCAGGUUGAAAUGGUGAGGAGAUUAUUCUAUUUGGAAUGCUACGAGUUAAAGACACCAAAACAGAAAAAGUAACGUGUAUUUAAAGAUGCAAUGUAGUCUGGUUCGUUUGAACCAGAGUUCCUAUUUAAGAAAUUAUUUGAAGGAGGAAAUGGAUGUUAAGGUCAAGGAGUAAGGGGCCUUGACAGCCAAUCUUAAAGUUUAGGCCUUAUCUGUUAGGAACUAUGGAACAGCCAUUAAAAGUUUUUGAGUGGUGGAGAAGCAGGAUAAGAUAUUCAUUAAGAAGAUUAAUUUAGGGGGCAGCUAGGUGGUGCAGUGGAUAGAGCACUGGCCCUGGAUUCAGGAGGAUCUGAGUUCAAAUCCGGCAUCAGAUACUUGACACUAGCUGUGUGACCCUGGGCAAGUCACUUAACCCCCAUUGCCCCGCAAAAAAAAGAAGCAGAAGAAGAUUAAUCUGUAAAUGAGGGAUUGAAGUGGGGUAGGUAAAGAUUGCAGGUUUUGAAUGUUGGCUGUAAUGCUGCUGUUGGUAGAAAUAUAAAAAUCAGAAAGAAAAGGUUUUAGGAGAAAGCUAAUUAUGUUUUGGAUAUGUUGGUUUUCUGGUGUUGCCUUCCAUAAAGCCCUUGUGUCAUGGAGGUGAUCUUGGGUUCUCAGUGGCUAUGCCAAUAGAGUAUAAGCUCUGGAAAGUGCUACCAUGUUGGGAGAUCUUCAGAUAUGAUCUUGGCAGUAUAGUUUCUACUCAGUACAUAGGGGCUUAUCACUAGCAGAUUGGCCAAAAUUCAGAAUGGCCCUCAGUCUCUCAUGCUGCAGCUUCCUUCUGCUUUUGCAGUGAUGGUGGCAAUGGUAGAAAAAGGAGCAGAAGUUUCCAAACAUUUCUCAGCAACACCUUUUUUAUAUAAAACAUUUUUCAUGCUCCUCCCUUUAAAUAGUAUUUUAUUUUUUCCAAUCAUAUGUAAAAAAGGCAGUUUUAAACAUUUAUUUUUAUAGAAUUUUGAGUUCCAAAUUUUCUC